CCGUCGGCCGAGGCUGGGCUUUCUCAUGUGAAGUGAAGAGGAAGUACGGAUGGUGGGUUUGUUAGGUUUUGAAAUCGAUUAAUAAUGAGCACUCAGAGAAGUUAGGGCUUGAAUGAAUAAAUUGGAGGGGAAUCAGCAUACCUAGAGAGGGAGGGGUUGACAAACAAUGGCAGCCCUAGUCUACGAGAUCUUCUCUUCGUCGGCGCUGUUGUCAUUAGGGCUUUACCACCUCAUCAGCACCACCCGCAACUACCUGAAAUCUCCUCAGUCUUACUCGGCCAAGCCCUUCCAUCCCUUCAAUCAUCACCGCCUCAAACACCUUCAGCUCUACCUUCUCCUCUUCUGCCUUCUUAUCGCCUUCCUCCACCAACUCCUCAUCUCUUCCGACUCCGAUCCUCUCCUCAAGGGCCACACCCCCGUCCACCGCUUCACUUCGCUCCAGUCCGCCGCCGUCCUCUUCCUCUUCCUCCUCCUCUCGCUCUCACUCCUCCUUUCCGACUCCGAUCUCCUUCCUCUCCCCUCUGAUCUCUUCUUCGCCAUCGCCUCCGCCCUCUUCUUCUUACACUACUCCGUUUCCUCCUCCUCCGCCUCCGUCCAGACCUCCCUUCUCCAGGCCAAGUGCGACUCCCUCUCCGCCCGCAUCUCGGCCCUCGCCUCUCUCGUCUCUCUCCUCCUCGCCUGCCGCCCCACGCUCUUCGUUGCCGAUGUCGCCCUCUCCGCCACCCUCUGCUUACAGGGUCUCUGGGUGCUCCAGACCGGCCUCUCCCUCUACGUCGACGCCUUCAUCCCCGAAGGCUGUCACAGGUUGCUCGACGUGGUUAGCGGGGUCGAGGGCUCCACCAAGUGCGAGUUGGAGGAGUCGCAGUUGAGGGCCGUCGCCAUUCUGGAUCUCGUGUUUGUGGUUCACGUCAUGUUUGUCGUCCUCAUUGUGAUGGUCACUUACGCAGCUGUUGCCAAGACCCUUGGCAUCAGGAGAUCGCUUGGAUCGUACCAGGCCUUACCCACCACUGCCACUACAGCAGAUAGCAAUCACAUUCAGAUGAAAGCUUUGGCUGGCACCCAGGCUUGAAUCUUUUCUAGUGUGAAUUUUGUCAAACAGGGUUGCCGUUGAAACUGACCUUGCUUCUAAAAGUCUUUUGGGAAGCAAUCCUUUGAAGUUUGGGUUCGGACAGCUGUUGAACAAUGUAAUAACACUCUGGGUAGGUCGGUGAUUUGUCACCUGUUCAAGAAUAUCGGUGAAGAUAAAUGAUUCUUUAGAAGUUUAUCAAUCAUAUUUUUCUUAGUAUGUUCUAUUACACUCCGAAAGUUUGGCAUGGUCUAUUUAAUAUGAUGCCAGAGGCUGAAUUUCAAGCCGUGGAAGAGGCAAGGAAAGGGUAUAUCAAUUCUUAAUGGAGCUUCAGCUGGUGGUUAUGUCUUGCAUGUCUUGAAGUUCUGGUUUGUGGGAUUGGUUUUAUGUGGGUCGGUCUUGAUGCUAGAACAGUUUGAUUGGUGUUGUGUUUUGGGGUGCUUUCAGUAGUACUACUGUUAGAAGGGUGGAUUAGUACCUGGGGGAGUUUUGUGAAUUUUGGGUUUUGUCUUCCUUGUUCUUUUUCUGCUUAGUGGGUCUCUUGUAAACUUCUUAUGUGGUGCACCCAUCAGUUUUAGUGAAUUUUGCAUUCUUAUGGUA